AGAGUCUGUAGAGAUUCCUUGCAGGGGCGGAUCUUUCUAGCUUUCGAAUCUUGCCAGAGAAUUGUGAGCUUGCCUUUGAAAGUGCGCUCGCAGUAAGCAAGAGCAAGGUCCAUCCAGGACAAUGUUGCCAGUUUUCAAGGAUGAUCCUCAUCUCUGCUCGCAUGAAUCUCGCGUCAUGCACCGCAUCAAUGCUUUCCGUGGCUGGAAGGAAGAGUUCAGGAGGAAUGAGGGCGGAAUUGAUCAAUUUGCUGAAGGAUACAAUACCUUCGGAUUUCAGAGGCAUGAGUUGGAGCACAAGUGGACAUUCACAGAGUGGCUCCCAGAAGCGCGAAAAGCGUUUCUCAUUGGCGACUUCAACAAUUGGGAGAACACGCAUCCCUUGCAACCAGGUGAAUUUGGCCGUUGGAGCAUUGAUUUGCCCGACAAGAAAGAUGGAAAAUGGGCUGUGCCUCACAGGUCCCAAUUUCGUUUGAGAAUACAGACAGAGUGUGGCACUGUGGAGCGUGUCCCCGCUUGGACCAAAUUGGCACGGCAGAACCUUGACGUGAAUGUUCUCAACGGUGUCAUGUGGGAGCCGCCUCCUUCAGCACGCUACAGGAUGAGACAUGCAAGGCCUCAUCGCCCGGAGAAUUUGAAAAUCUAUGAGGCUCACUUAGGUAUUGCAGGUAGGGAAGAGCGAACUCACUCGUAUCUGGAGUUCAAGGAAAUCCUACCUCGGAUCAAACGCCUAGGCUACAACGCCCUCCAGAUCAUGGCUGUUGCUGAGCAUGCAUCCCACAGCUCUUUUGGCUAUGAGGUGACAAACUUUUUUGCUCCCUGCAGCCGAUUCGGUACCCCAGAAGAACUCAAGGAGCUGGUUGACACAGCCCACGCUUAUGGCUUGACUGUCCUUAUGGACUUGGCUCAUUCGCACUGCUCCUCAAAUCAGAUCGAUGGGAUUGCAGCCAUGGAUGGCACAGACAAUUGUUACACGCAUCGUGGUCACAAGGGCAAGCAGGAACAAUGGGGUGCUUCGCUCUUUGACUACAGCAAAUAUGAAGUCCUGCGUUUCUUGCUAUCCAACCUGCGAUGGUGGAUUGAGGAGUAUGGCUUUGACGGCUUUCGCUUUGGAGGAGUUACCAGUAUGUUGUACAUUUCCCAUGGAAUCGGAAAGCGCUUUGGCCACGACUACCACCAGUACUUUGGAGGAGAUGCUGACAUUGAGUCAGGCACCUACCUGAUGCUGGCAAACUAUUUGGUCAAGAGGCUGUUGCCUAGAUCAGGAUUGACGAUCGCUGAGGAUUCUUCAGGGAUGCCAACCCUGUGCCGAGCAGUCGAUGAUGGUGGCUUUGGUUUUGACUACUGCCUCUCGGUGAACAUCCCUGGUAUGUGGACCAAAAUGCUGCAGGAGCAGCCUGAUGAGACUUGGAGUGUUAGCCGCGUUGUCAAAGCUUUGCAGAAAAGAAGGUUCAAGGAACCGUGUAUCGCUUUUUCAGAAUCCUACGCCCAGGCUAUGAUAGGAUCAAAGACACUUGCCUCUUGCUUGAUGGAUGCGGAAAUGUAUGCCCACAUGAGCAUCAAGGGGCCACAGAGUAUGGUCAUCGAUCGCGGGCUCGCGUUACACAAGAUGAUCAGGCUGGUCUCCAUGGCAUUGGGGGGAGAGGGAUAUCUCAAUUUCAUUGGCAACGAGUUUGCACACCCUGACUAUGUGGAACUUCCGUCGCAAGACAACGGUUGGAGUUUCAGAAAUGCAAUUCGUCGCUUUGAUCUUCCUGAUGCUGAAGAUCUUAAGUACAAGUUCUUCGAGGCCUUUGAUGAAGCCAUGCUGGCCUUGGACAAUCGCUUCCAGUUCAUGGCGUCGCCUCGCAGCUUUUGCUCCCGAAAGGAUGACUCGGACAAGGUCAUUGCUUUCGAGCAUGGAGACUGCCUUUUUGUCUUCAACUUCCACCCAUCAACUUCCUACACGGACUACCGCGUGGGCCACUCCUGGAAUGAGAGUUUGCGAGUUGUGCUAGAUUCCGACGCUGCAUGCUUUGGUGGUCAGAACCGCCUGUCGCGUGAGCGAUCCCUUCCACCUUUGGAUGGAUGGGACUCGAGGUACCAUUCGACCGAAUUGUUCCUUCCAAGCAGAACGGCACAGGUGCUUGUCCGAGAAUCGCUAGUACAAGGAGGAGUGACUGUGCUCUUGGGUACCGGGCCAACUUCAGCUUGGCCCUUCCCGGCAGGAGAGCUGCUCUUGGCGCCAGUGGAUGCUGAUGGCACCAUUUCCAAGGCGUUGAACUUUACGACCUCCCAGGGAAGGCUGUCUGUGAAAUUGCCUGGUCCCACUGCUUUUAAGGUCUACUGGGAGGUGCAAAAGGGUGGCGUGACAAGGGGGUCUCGCCUGCGAAAUCAAGGGGCCACGAAGGUGAAGCUCCCGUUUGCUUUGGAGACCUUCCGGGUCUACUUUCCUGGCACUUAUGUCCUUGACCAUUUAGGAAAUUUGAAAUGUGUUGGCGACGCCACGGACGAGGGCGAUGGAGUGCCUCAAGGGUGCAAAGACGCACCCACCUGCCUGAGCAGACCCCAGUAUGUUCGAGCAAAGUCCCAGAAGCUUUUGGCACCGUCCGAAAUGCCAGAGGAGCCAAACAUUGAAGCUGCAUCGCACAAUGUCCCGGACAGUUGGAUUGAUGUGAGAUCUCCAAAGCUCUCGCGGCAUGGACACAAGGACCAUUCCACGCAGCAAAAGGAGGUUCCUGCACAGGAGGCCACACAUGAAGCUUCGCAUGAGGUGCAAGCUGAAGAUGUGUUGGAUGGAGUGGAGGAGAUGAUCGAUGCCGAUGCUGAGCCCCAGCCAGAAGUCGAAGAAGAACCCACGGUUGCUGAGUCUCCAGAGAAGGCAGAGAAGGACAGCCAACACUCUCGCGUCCUUCUGAAGGAGAAUGAAGACGAUGCGGCCACAGAAGGGCAUCAAGAAGCUGUCAACAGAGAUGAAGAAGUGCACAAGGGGCGGCAUAUCUUCCAGUCCCAGGUCGUGUCUGGCUUUAAGGAGCCAGAGGAGAUGCCACAAGCUCCAAGCGCCGAGAUGGCUUUGCCACAAGAGGAGAUGUCAAAGGUGGCAAACCCUACGGACGAAAUCCAGGAAAGUCUGGAGGAGCCUCAGGAGCAGGUUCAGGAGCUGUCUGGAGGUGCUGAGGCGCCACAGGCAGUGCAUCUUGAGAGGUCUGAAGUGGCAGAGCCUCUGGUAGAGCCUAAGAUGCCCCAAGCCAGCGAGGUCGUGACAUAUGUAGCCAAAGCACAACAGGAAGCGCCAAAGCAGCGUCGAAGAUCGCAAAAGGCUAGAGAUGCUGCCGCUGCAAAGGUCGAGGGCCAGAUGCCAAGACGGCGUUCCAAGACUAAGAAGGACUUCAAACCGCCUGUGUUGCAGGCUUCCGAUCUUGCCUGGUUGCAAGGAGUUCGAAAAGUGCCACUGCAGCAGUCUAGUGCAUCAUCAGCAUCAUCAAGACAAGUACAUUCAGAGUCGGAGCCGCAGGUACAAGAGGCACAAAAGCGCGACUCCCAGAAGGAUGCCUGCGAUUUCCUUGCCAUGUUCCCUGCGACAGAAACCUUAACAAGAGAGGCUGUAAAGGCAAGCGAGAGUGAGCCAGAGCAAAAACCGGUGCUUUGUCAGCGCAAAGGUUCCUUGUCCUUGCUGGCAGAGUCAUCCAAGGGGAGUGAAGGACCAGAUAUGCAGUCGUCCGACAAGCAGGAGACAAAACCCGUGCUUUGUCAGCACAAAGGUUCCAUGUCCCUGCUGCCGGAGUCAUCCAAGGCGAGUGAAGGAACAGAUUGGCAAUCGGAUAAGCAGGAGACAAAACCCGUGCUUUGUCAGCACAAAGUGAGUGAAGGAACAGAUUUGCAGUCGGAAAAGCAGGCCUCCAGAUCGAAAGUGGAUUCUAGACAGGAUGCUUCAAGGUCGCACUCACGGAGAAGGAGAAGGCGAUCACGCAAGGAGCAAACGACCCGAUCGAGGUCCCAGCGAAAGGACAAAGAGGAGGAACAACUUAAGGCAAUGCACGCUGCAAGGAUGAAGGCUUUGGAAGAAGAGGCUGCUGCAAUGCAGGCCACUCGCUUAAAGGCGCUGGAGGAGGAGCAUGCUGCAGCCAUGCAGGCGGCGAGGAUUAAGGCACUUCAAGAAGAGCAGGCUGCAAAGAGAAAGGCUUUGGAAGAGGCGCAGGCCGCGCGAAUGCAGCUUGAGGCAGAGGAGGCGGCUAUCCGAAAAGCGGAAGAGCUAAAACAAAAUGCAGCUGCUGCAGCUGCUUUGCAGGCAGCGAAGACAAAAGCCAUGCAGGUGGCCCAGGCCGAGCAGGCGACAAGGGCUUACGCGCAAGUCCCUCAGGAUCCGCCUGCACUACUGAUGCAUCCAAAGGGCUCCAUGUCACUCGUUGCAGAGCCAGAGGCUCCCAAGGCUCCACAGCAGGAAGCCUGCCAGGUAAGUCUAGCCGCUGCUAAGGCUCGCCAAGUUGCGCAGCCGAAAUUUGCCAGAGGGGCUCCAAGAUCUUCCAAAUCGUUGCCACCACGAAAAGAGGUGCCGGUGGACGAGUGCCCAAGAGUGACCAACACCUUCAUGCCGCACCAGGUCCAACAGGCUCAGACAAGGCUGAUGGAGGAACCACCAAUGCUGAACUACAGAUCUAAGCAGGGAUCCUUUUCUUUGCUGCCCGAUUUGGAUGCCAAACAGUGCCGAAUAGAGGAGGUGUUUGCCGCUCUGGAGGCGGAGCACACGGACCUGCCGCAGGACGAAGUGCAGGAGGCGUCAAGCCUCUCGCUUCCUGAUGGGGUUGAGGUGCAGCAAACAGACAAAGACAGCAAGGAGGGACACACGACACCAACAUCUGGGACGCAGACCCCCAAGACGAAGGCAGUCUCUGAUGCCAACUCUGAUUCUGGGCCAGACUACAUGGAACGAGUCUUUUCCCUGUCAGCCUUGGAUUCGCUUCUCCAAGAUCCAGAAGGCAAAGCAGAACUACGACAUCAAUUGGAGCUUGAUGAACUUGAGGACAAAAGACCAAAGUACACCAGCCACCACUUGUCCAGGCCUGUGGUAGUUGUCUCAUCAGAAGUGAAUCCUUGGUCAAAGACUGGCGGUCUUGCAAUGGUGGCCGGUUCCUAUGGCUACGAGUUUGCCAUGAGGGGACAUCGUACCAUGGUGGUCUCCCCGCGCUAUGCUGCGUAUGAUGGUGCCCACUACAUUGGCUACACAAAAGUUUGGCUUGACGGAAGGGAACAUGAAGUGCAAUUUUUCCACCUUUACCAAGACCUUGGUGAUGGCAAUGGCACAGACUACAUCUUUGUGAGCCAUGAGUGCUUCUCUCGUGGAGGUUUGUAUUGUGAUCCCAAGGAUGGCAAAGAAUACCCAGACAACCUCUUCCGUUUCUCCCUCCUGACGGUGGCAGCACUUGAAGCCCCACUAAUCUUGAACAUCAGGGGCAGCACCUUUGGCCAGGAUGUUCUCUUCAUCGCGAACGACUGGCAGACAGGGUUGUUGCCAGUGUAUCAUUUGUACAAGUACCGGCGGAACAACACCUACAGGAACUCCAGGUGCAUGUUUGUGAUCCACAACAUCGGCUAUCAGGGCAAGUACCGUUUGAGCAAGUUCCCCAUCGACAGCUAUCUUGGACUCCCACCAGAGGCCGUCGAAUACUUGCAGGGUGAGGACUUGAACCUGGGCAAUGACUGCAUGAACUUGCUGUCAGCUGCAUGUUUGGCGUCCGACAGGGUCCUCACAGUCUCACCAAACUAUGCCGCAGAGAUCCAGUCUCCAGAAGGUGGUCAAGGGCUGCAUCAGAUUCUGCAAGACAAGGGCCGACAAAAUCGCAUGGCUGGCAUUCUCAACGGUAUUGCAGAUGAAUGGAAUCCGAAGACAGACCCCCACAUUCCAGUGAACUAUGGCCUUAGGACCUUUGAAGAAGGGAAAGCUGCAUGCAAAAAGGACCUGCAGCGAUCCUUAGGCUUGCACGAAGAUCCAGGUGCAGCUCUCAUUGGCUUUUGCGGGCGAUUGUGCUACCAAAAGGGUGUCCAUCUCAUUACGCAGAUCAUUCCGUGGUUGCUGACCUACGAAGCAAGCGGUGUGCUGGGACGCGUUCAAGUCAUCCUUAUGGGAAAAGGUGAAGACACCUAUGCCUCCCAGUUGUCGAAUGCAGAGAACCACAACAAGGGAAGGGUAUGUGGCUACGUGGGAUUUGAUCCCAAGAUUGAACACCGAAUGUUGGCAGGUUGCGACUUCCUUUUGAUGCCAUCCCAAUACGAGCCGUGCGGCCUUCCCCAGAUGUAUGCGCAAGCAUAUGGAACGGUGCCAGUCGUACACGAAACUGGAGGCCUGAAGGAUUCUGUCUUGGGACUCUGGGAUGAGCAGAGAGACCGGGAGACUGCAACAGGGUUCCUGUUCUGCGGCUUUGAUGAGAAUCAUUUGAAGGAACGCAUGUAUCAGGCACUUGAAGUCUACCACAAGAAGCAGGACCUUUUUAAGCAAAUCCAGAUGAAUGGCUUGCGGACAAACUACUACUGGCCACAGGCGAUUGAUGAGUACGAGCGUCAAAUUGACUGGACACUUGACAAUGAUUUGGCUGCGAGCUAGUGCUCCAGAAAACCUUUGCGCCUUUGUGUAUGUUGUCCGAGAGAGCCAUUCGGUGAUUCAGGGUGUUCCUCCAAGAUGUAUAUAUAUAUAUGAGUACUCCAAGGUUCCUUCCAUGUUUGACGACAAAGCAAAGACUGGACUGGAGGAAGUCCCGCACAGUGCCCUAGGGCAAUUCAUUGUCAUAGAGUCUACCGCACAGCCAGGCAGGCAACAAUUGCGGUGACGCAGUGCAAGCUCACUGCGCCUUGUGUUGAUACCACGUUUAUGCCCUUUUGUCCAGG